AUGCGGUCGUUUGCGAAGGACUACCUUCCUGAAACAGGGGUGCGCUCGCCGAUUUUGCGAGUUGGGCAUAGCGUGAGAUCAGACUUGCAGACUUUCUUGCGACAAUUGCCGGGCCUUUCCCCGGGUCUCGCAGCUACGGAGCUGGCAGCAAGGCUAGUGCAGACGGUGGGUCAACGAGCCCGGAUGCUGGCUUGGCAUCUCGGAAUGCACGCAUGGGUUCGUGACCUCCGUGUCCCGGGGCGCGGUGCACCCGUUCUUAUCCUGCACGAAGAGUACAUGUCUUUCCAGGACAUGAUUGCCGCAUUGAUAGGCACUAUAGUGCGAAAUGGGCAGGGCCAGAUUGCUUUGGUUGAAAUUGGUGUGCCCAUGGAGGAAUGGUCAACGCCUGCUACUCUAAGUCAAUAUCCUGGUUUGCAGUAUGCCGGCAUCAUGAUUGAGCCUGACAAUCCGACUCAGGCUGAAGGACAAUCAGCCUUCAGCAUGUUCGAGCAGCGACGAGCCGAGCUCCAAGCAUCUCUUGGAGACCGCGGCAUGCUCUACUUCGCAUCCUUGCGGAGGGCGGUGGAUGCCUUCCCAUCAAGGUCUAUGGAUGUGGCCCUGGUCGAUUUCCGCGGGCGCUCUGCGGAAGCGGCACAGGAGCAGAUGGCUCUGUGGGAGUCCAAGGUGAAGCCUGCUGGAGUCUUGAUCGGAGUAGGUUUUUCACCCACGUCGCCGGAGAUAAUUCUCACUGCAGAAGCUGCGCAGCUGCUGGCCGACUUUCAUUUCCAGAGCGACGAUGAGGACCACCAUGCCCUGGGCCUGGCCCUCGGCUCCAGUUAUCGAGCAGCGGUCCAAGCAAGGCUUGCAUCUCAUGAAGCCGUGCUCGACCACCUCCUCAGCACUGACAGGUGCCGGAAGCUCUUUCAAGAACUGCUGGCUACCCAUGAGACGCGUGUGCCGGAGCUUGUCAUGGAGCUACGGGGCAUUGCCGCAGGUGCCAACGUGUCGGGAGAGCGGCUUCUUGCGAUGAGCUUGCAGGAGGAGUUGGGCUAUUGCCACCAUCCACAUUUGGCAAGUGCCCGAACGGUCGACCACUGCACGGACAUAAUGCUUUGCAAUUCAAAGUAUUGCUUCGAUGCUCACAAUGAAGAUGGCGACAAGGGCGAUGAGUGGCUGUUUGCUGCUUUCGUCCAAUUCGGAAAGAGCAACUUCACGGUUCUCAACUACGCCGGUGAUUUGCUUGGUGGAAUGUCGGCCUUCGCCUUCAACACUCAUGGCAUUGGAUUCUCGCUGAAUUGGGUUGGCCCGGGAGACUGCGACUCAGCAGGGUUGGGCCGCAACUUCGUCAGCAGGCAACUGCUGACAGCAGGAGGCUGGGAGGAGGCGCAGCGCAUCAUCUCCCAGCGGCAUGCUGCAGGCCACAAUUACCAGCUCUUGGAUUUUAAGAACCAUCGUAUUGGCAACUUCGAGGUCGCGCACGACCAGGUGUCCGAGAGAGCCAUCGAGGACAAGGCCUUUUUUCACGUGAACCAGUACCAGACGCUGAGCGUUCCCAAUCAGAUGGUUGGGAACAGCUCGCUGCACCGCUUCGCGCGGCUUCGCAUGCUACUAGCCCCCAAGACACCACAGGACGCCUUGCACAUGCUUGGUGACCAGCUUGACCGUUCGUAUCCUGUCUUCCACGAUGAGCUCUCACAUGCGAGAGGAGACAUGAGUGACUGGACGCUGGCCACAGUCUUGUUCGAUCUCAACCAGGGAAUCGUGGACCUCAUGGCCGGAAACCCCAAGGAGCUGCAGCUGCAGAGACGCUUCUGGGUUUCGAUCGCGCCUGCGCCACAUUCGCCGAGCAGAGUUGUGAUGGUGUGA